AUGCCCUCUUGGCCCAAUCGCUCGGAGUGCCUCUCCCAUAACUGCAGCUGGGGGGAGACCUACAACGCCACACUGAACGGUGACCUUGUCCUGCCCCAACUCAACUACUACUCCAUCCCUCUUCUCACGGCCAUUACCGUCGCCUGCACGCUGCUGUUUCUGGUCGGGGUGGUGGGCAACGUCAUGACCAUCUUGGUGGUUAGCAAGUACCGGGACAUGCGCACCACCACCAACCUCUACCUGUGUAGCAUGGCAGUGUCCGACCUGCUCAUCUUCCUCUGCAUGCCGCCCGACCUCUACCGCAUGUGGCGGUACAGGCCCUGGCGCUUUGGGGAUGCGCUCUGUAAGCUCUUUCAGUUCGUGUCCGAGUCGUGCACGUACUCCACCAUCCUGAGCAUCACCGCGCUGUCCGUGGAGCGCUACUUGGCCAUUUGCUUCCCGCUGCGGGCCAAGGCCCUGGUCACCAAGAGGCGGGUGCGCGCCCUCAUUCUUCUACUCUGGGUCGUGUCUCUGCUGAGCGCCGGACCCGUGUUUGUCAUGGUGGGAGUGGAGCGGGACAAUUCAAGCUGGGGGGUGAACGAGUCUGGUUACUCCUUGGAGGUCAGGGACACUCGGGAGUGUAAGAUGACGCACUACGCCGUGGAGUCAGGUCUGAUGGGAGCCAUGGUGUGGCUGAGCUCCGUCUUCUUCUUCAUGCCGGUGUUCUGUCUCACGGUGCUCUACAGCCUCAUAGGCCGCCGGUUGUGGCAGAGACACAGGGAGACAAACAUCGGCUCCCGCGUGGCACACCGGGACAAGAGCAACAGGCAGACCAUCAAGAUGCUGGUGGUGGUGGUGUUGGCCUUCGUCCUGUGUUGGCUGCCGUUCCACGUGGGCCGCUACCUGCAGUUUCGCUCUAUGGACGCUCCCUCCCCGCUGCUGUCGGUGCUCUCAGAGUAUUGCACAUUGGUGUCCGUGGUUCUCUUCUACCUGAGUGCCGCCAUCAACCCCAUCCUCUAUAACACCAUGUCCUGGAAGUACCGGGGCGCUGCGGCGCGCCUCUUCGGUCUGACCGACAGCCAACCGCCCAGGUGCCGCACCGCCAGCACCGUGAAGGGUGAGGGCUCGCCUGGCUGGACGGAGUCCACAGUCAGCCUCUGA